AUGGGUCGUGGGAAGAUAGAGAUAAAGUUGAUUGAGAAUCCAACAAACAGGCAAGUGACAUACUCAAAGAGAAGGAAUGGUAUAUUCAAGAAAGCUCAUGAACUUAGUGUUCUUUGUGAUGCUAAGGUCUCACUCAUCAUGUUCUCCAAAAACAACAAGAUGCAUGAAUACAUCACUCCUGGACUUUCUACAAAGAAGAUCAUUGAUCAGUAUCAGAAGACUUUGGGUGAUAUUGAUCUGUGGCGUUCUCACUAUGAGAAAAUGCUUGAGAACUUGAAGAAACUGAAGGAUAUUAACAAUAAACUAAGAAGACAGAUCAGGCAUAGAAUAGGUGAAGGUGGUUUGGAAUUGGAUGAUCUGAGUUUCCAGCAACUGAGAAGUCUUGAAGAAGAUAUGGUUUCUUCCAUUGCCAAAAUACGUGAUAGGAAGUUUCAUGUGAUCAAAACUAGGACUGAUACAUGUAGGAAAAAGGUUAGAAGCUUGGAGCAGAUGAAUGGAAACCUCCUUCUUGAACUAAAGGAAAAGUGUGUGAUCCAUCCACAAUUUCUUUUCCAUGAUGAAGGAGAGGAGGAAUCAGCAGUUGCAUUGGCCAAUGGUGCUUCCACUUUGUAUGCAUUCUGUCAACACCAUUCUCAUAUGAAUAUUCCUCACCAUCAUGGAGGAGAAGGCGGCUUUAAAGACGAUUUGCGCCUCGCUUGA